UAGAAAUAGUGGGGAAACCGCUGAUCGCGAGUUAUUAGCAUGAGGGGAGCAUAUCACUAACAGUUCGACACCUCUAUUGUUGAUUAUUAAUGUGAAUCAGGCCGUAGACUGUGAUAUGGUAUUUAAUCUAGCUGUACGAUGUCCGUGUAUAAAGUUAUGUAUCGUUAAUAUGUUACCAUAGUGGUUAUUAUGCCAAUUAUAAUUUAGUUUAAAAGAACUAUUUAACAUCAAGUUUGGUUUUUAUGAUGGACUUUAUUAAAGUGAAGAAUUGUUAUUAGCAACGCGCAUUCAAUUUAUACAAUUGAUGAUCAAUCAAUGUGAUAGACCGCCACAUGUGGAGAAUAUCCUCCGAACGCCCUACUACGAAUCUUAAGUACCUCGUCUGAGAUAGUAAUUUGAAUUGUAACCUUCAAAUUAUUUUUUCAUAUAUAACUGAAGAAUAAUAUUUUUAUAACAUAUAAUACUGAAAACGAUUGAGCAAUGUAAGAAAUUCUUUACUAAACAUAUACAAUGAAUUUACUCGUAAUAUCAACUGUAAGUUGUGUUUUGGAGUACAUUUUUCCGAUAUUAGUUAAAUACAUCACAACACGUUUGUACACGGAAACAAAACAUGACUUGGAAGCACGCAAAGAAUUGGUUAACCUAAAGCAGGAAAUGAUUGAAUUGUCUAUAGUUGAUGAAUUUUCAAAAUAUGCAAAACUUCAACGUAAAUAUAAUAAAAUUGAAGGCAGUUUAAAAGAAACAGUAAACAUGCGUCUAUCUUAUCGAAUAAGAAUGCAGUUGUUUGCAACAUAUGGUUUCCGUGUAUUAAAUGGUUUUUUGGUACUGGGUUUGUUAUAUUUUUACAAAAAUACACCAGUAAUAGUUUUUCCAAAAGGUAUAUUAUGGCCAGUACAAAAUUUACUAAGUUGGCCAUGUUAUAGCCAAGAAGAUUCAAUUUCUUUAAUUAUGUGGAUUAUAAUUGGUAGACUAGUUGUAUCUGCAUGUAAAAAGGACUACCUUUUAAGCAAUUCAGAGUACUUGCUGUACAUAUUGCAUUUUCUUUUUAAUAUUUAAAAGCAACUUAUUAGUUGUAAGUCAUUCUUCUAAAUAAGGAUAAUAACGAAUUUUUUUAAUAUAAUAGCAAAAAAGUGACUGUAUUUCGUAAAAGCUUGAUUAAAAUACAUAAUACAUAAUAGUGAAAUAUAUUUGCAUGUAAUUAUUGAUAAGUAAUAAUUUUAUAUUUUAACAAAACAUUUCUAUAUAUGACAAUUGAUACAUCUAUAUUUUUCUACAUAACGUAGCAAACAAUGUUUUAUUCACGUGUAGAGUAUCGAUGAAACAUCUAUUUUAUAAAGCUUAAAAAAAACUGAUAAUUUUGGUUGUUAAUUUAUUAUC